AUGGAGCUGCUGCUGUUUUCAGAUUUCCAGGCCAUCAUCCUGGAAAACCUCUUUGGGGCUCCCAUCUGUAACGAUGCUGGCUUUGGUGGGACCCAAGCUGAUCAAUGCCAGGAUGGCAACUGGCUCAUGGACAUGAGGUUUCCUCUUUGCCACAAGGCAAAUCAGCUUCACACCAUGAGUCUGGUCUAUUGCAGCCUGAACAAGAUCAACUACUUCUUCUGUGAGGCUUUCAUCCUAAUGGCCAUCUUGUGGAUCUAUCCAGCUGAGGGGAGGUCCAAGGCCUUCUCCACAUGCACCUCACACAUCACCAUGGUGACGGUCUUCUAUGGUUCUGACAUCUUUGUGCCCUUGGCCUCCAGCUAUUCUCAUGGAGUAUUUCUUCAGCUCUUUCUCCUUGUGGCAUUCCCGAGCUUGGAGAGCCUGCCUGGCAAACUGAAGAAGUGGGAACAAUGCUUCAAUGACCCUGACUAUGACGAACUGGUGGAUAUUGCCAAAAACGGAUUGGAGAAAAAGUGUAAUUCAAAGAAGGUGGUGAUUGUUGGGGCAGGAAUCAGUGGACUCACAGCUGCCAAAUUGUUGAGAGAUGCUGGUUGCAAGGUUCUGAUUCUGGAAGCCAGUGGCCGCUUGGGAGGGCGCAUCGAGACCUAUCGAGAACGAGAUUGGUACAUGGAUCUGGGACCCAUGCGUUUGCCAAAACAUCACAGGAUUGUGCGUGAAUUUAUCAAACAAUUUAGACUUAAACUGAAUACAUUCUAUAAUACUGAUGCGAAUGCCUGGUAUUUGGUUAACAAUGUCAGAGCAAGAUAUAAAGAUGUGGAAAAAAACCCUGAUAUCUUGCGGUACCCUGUGCAUCCCGCAGAGAAGGGAAAAUCUGCCACUCAACUUUAUGAGCAGACACUGGAUAAGGUGACAACAGACUGCAGUGCUCUGAAAGAGAAGUAUGAUUCCUUUUCCACCAAGGAGUAUUUGAUUAAAGAAGGAAAUUUAAGUAGAGGAGCCAUCGACAUGAUUGGUGACUUGCUGAAUGAAGAUGGUAGAUUUUACAUGUCAUUUCUUCACUCAGUCAUGACUCAAGUUAUCUUCUCCAACAACAGUUACGAUGAGAUAACAGGGGGAUUCGAUCAACUUUCUAAUGCUUUCUACCAGUAUAUUCAUGGGAGUAUUCAGUUUCACUCUCCAGUAGUGAAGAUACUAACCAAGGGUGACCAAGUGAGAGUGUUUUACCGUAGGGCAAACACAUUGGUCCCCUUAUCUGUAACGGCCGACUAUGUUCUUGUCACAACCACGGCAAAAGCUGCACGGCUCAUUAAAUUUUCUCCACCUCUUUCUCCUCUCAAGACCCAUGCCCUGCGCUCCAUUCACUACUCAAAGGACGUUAAGAUUGCUUUGGCCUGUACUAAAAAGUUUUGGGAGAAGGAUGGAAUCCAUGGCGGGAGAUCAAUCACUGAUCGCCCAUCCAGAUUCAUCUACUACCCCAGCCACAAUUUCCCCAGUGGCCUGGGCGUGAUCCUGGCUUCCUACACUUGGGGCGAUGAUGCUGAAAUCUUUAUUUCCCUUAGUGAUGAAAAGUGUGUUGAUGUGGUGCUGGAGGACCUGGCAGAAAUCCACCAGGUGCCCAAAGAUUAUAUCCGGAGUGUCUGCAAUAAAUAUGUGAUCAAGAAAUGGGGCCUGGACAGAUAUUCCAUGGGCUCAUAUGUUUCCUUCACCCAGUACCAAUAUGUCGACUACUCCAAGGCUCUGUUUCAGAAUGAAGGAAGAAUCCAUUUUUCAGGAGAACUCACAGCCCAGCCUCAUGCCUGGAUCGACACCGCUAUGAAAUCUGCUUUGAGAGCAGCCAGGAACAUCCAUGCUGUUAUUAACGCCUCACCGGGGCAGCAACAUGAGCUGAAGGAAAAUGAACUUUAAUCGAUUCAAUAACUGUAAUAGUGAGGGUGUUUGGGGAAGGGACAAAUGAACCAGCUAGCACUUGGGGAAUUAGAAAUUGCACCACUAAUCAACAUGCACUACUCGAUUGUUACUUGAGGUUCAGCCCUGAAGGGGUGGUGCAUAAAUUGCCUGCACCAGCAUUAGACUAUUACUCACAGUGCUGAGCUGUCUCAGUCACUCUGCUUAGCUCCCAGAGGGUGAAGCCGAGGUUGUGCCCAGUCCCUGCCCAGUCCCCUUGCACCCACAUGCUCUAGGAAGAUGAUAAGUGAGCAAGUAGCUUCACUUAGUCCUAGGUCUGGGUGUCCCAUGCAGGAGUGUGAAGGGGCUUCUGACUCCCCCUGACUUAAUCAGUCACAUAAUCUUAACCACAGCCUACAUAGCAUGGAAACUGUGGUUGUUCUGCCUCCCUCCUCUGGAGCCAGCCACAAGUCCAGCCCUUGCUGAUCCCAUCAGCCACCUCAGCACUCCCCAAAGGAAUAGCUGCACAGAACAGCAUAUGUCCUGGUCUCCAAACCAGUGGCAAAGUCUCUGCACUCCCUUGGAGAUCCUUGCAGAAAAAAAAUGUUUCUUGCAUCGCACCCCAUUCAGAUCUCUGCCUCACUGACCCAAUCUGUCCAUUGGUGAAAAGGGGUGUGAUUAUGGUCCUGGUCUUUCCAUGAUCUACCUGUGUGGAAGACAGUGUGAUGUAUAUAGAUGUCAACUAUCUCUUGAAAAUAUUGUUAAUAACUACAUGCCCUUGUGGUUUGCAAGGUUAAAAUCUGAAUACAUUCUUCUCUCAGUACCACAGCAAAAAUUUGCACCAUCCCAUUUUACCCCAAAAUCAUGCUUAGCCACUUCUAACUCUAGCUAAAAAAUUAAAACAACAGGUGAACACCACUUCACACCCCAGGGUAUGAAACAUAUUGUCUAAGGAAUCCCAGAAAAAUUGAAAUUGGUACUGAAUCAUUCUCCAUUCCACCCCCAAAGAUUA